AUAUUAAUUAAGCGUACGGUCCUGGACCUCGAUAGAUACCCGAAUCUCGAGAAGAUCCGUCUCCCUUUCUUGGGCCAGGCAUGCAGUUCCGUCUGUCUACCUCUAUCUGCGCGCCUUGAGUACCCAUUUGCGACUCUACAUACAGUGCUUCGAGUCCACCUUGGCUGCACGUUGUUAUUUGGACCCUUGAGACCAUGGGUCAGGUCGCCAGCAGAGCAGGAGAGGGCGAGUCGCUGUACUUGCGCGACCAAACUAGAUUCUCGAUCGCUGCCUGUAACAUCACCAACGCACGCGGUCGCACGCUCCUGAACAUUACGCCGAAUGCCUUCCCCGCAACGAGAUACAGCCCGAAGAGAGAGCUUGGGGACGAGAGUGUCAUAGAGUACAUACAGGAUCCAGACGCACCACCAAACACCGACGGACCGCCAUUCUUCCUUAUUCGCUUACCAAACGACGAAGAGCUUACGUUCAACUUCACAUUUAUACUCCGCCAGCAACUAGCGGUACCUUCGAGUUACAAUGCCAGCAGCGCGCCAAGCACUGUCGCGCCGACUGGGUUGAUUGAUACAUUCAUAAAUGGCUUGACAUUUGUGUUUGCGUCAAGUUCCAGAGAACUUGACAAUCUGGUCACGCGGGAGUUUCACGCCAACCCCAACCUCCACAAGAAUCCGCAGGUCGAACUUGUCGGGGAUUAUACCACGGGCGGGAGCCCCUCGGUUUCGUUUCAGUGGGCUUGGAAGUUCUCUCCUCCCAAGACAAAUGAGUGUCGAGGUGGAGGGUGGCGCACCAGCUGUAGUUUUGUAGAGUACGAUCAGCGGGCGCAUAGGUUGGAGACCUUGGCCAACUUUGCCUUCUGGGUACAAAAUACAGCGAAGGCCCUUCAGAGUCCCAAAACCACAACUCCGCGACUAGAACUUGGUAUUCCUCCGAGACUGCGUGUACCCUCAGCGCAAUCGAUAGACUCGCGAGUCAGCGACUCAGCAGAUGAGAACCGGGAAUGGGAUAACAUACCUCCGAGGUCUCCAAUCUUUGAGGCAAUACCUGAGAAUGGAUUGAGCUUGGUGCCAACGCAGGCCACAGCACUCACAAGCGCCUCAGUCAAGGUCGAUGUUUUGCGGCCCGGGGAGGACCUGAGCCAAACGGACGAUGGACCCUUAUUCCGAGCGACCAUGAAGUCGCUGGAGCAAAAAACCGGAAACAUGCGCAUGCGCUGGAAGAAGGUCCUGAAGCGAGCAGAGUCUGCAAUGGAAGCGCAGGUGAACUGCAAUAACGCCAUGUCGGACCUCAUGGAUGCCCUAAAGGAGGCCUCCUCUUCAAACGCAAAUGCUGUGCAGCCUGCAAUCGAUCAUUACUUCGACAAGAUCGCGAAAGAUAUCCUCGCAUACGAACGGUCCAAUGCCACCAACAUUCAGAAGCUUAUCAUCGACCCAAUAUAUAAGCUCUACAAUAUCGACAUUAAGCAAGCGGAGACCAAGCGAAAAGACUUCGAAGAAGAGAGUAAGGACUACUACCAGUACCUCGGACGAUAUCUUGGACAACGGCAGGACUCCUUGAAAGAAAAGAAGCGGGCAGAAACAGACUCGAAGUACCAAGACAAGAGGCGGAAGUUUGAGCUGAAGCGGUUCGACUACUCUUCGUUUAUGCAAGAUUUGCACGGUGGACGCAAAGAUCAGGAAGUGCUGUCACAUCUUACAAGAUAUGCUGACACACAAGCCAACAACUUCCUCUCGACCGCAAAGAUUAUCGAGACCAUGCUCCCCCAACUGGAGGCAUUGAGCCAGGAAGUCAGAGAAGCAGACAAAGAGUUCCAGCUUCAAAGAACAGGAAGAGAAGAGAAGAGAAGAGCAUUAGAAAAGGAUAGCAAGUCGUUUGACGCACCUUCGUCACAGCAGGCUCCACCCAUGGCAACUGCCAAUGGUAGCGUUCCAAGGGCUCCAUCAAGCGCAGACGGAGAGCUCCCUGGUCGAAAAUCGAGCAUAGCGCCUGUUUUCCAAAGCACAGUCAGCCCACCUCCUCUCCCAGCGUCAACGGGCAAUCCUUUCGUAAGCUCUCCCCAGAGCCCUGAGGCAAGCAAAGCUACUCUGGCUGCUGUAACUCCUCAACCAGACAAGUUCAAAGGCAUCAGAGACCUUGAAGACCGAGCUUGUGUAAGCGAGCUCACACCCGGUGCUCAUCGCAAGGAAGGUCUGUUAUGGGCUUUGAGUAGGCCAGGCAGCCAUGUCGACCCUAAGGGUCUGAACAAGCAGGCCUGGCACAAGUUCUGGAUUGUAUUGGAUCAAGGCAAACUUUCCGAAUACACAAAUUGGAAGCAGAGCCUUGAACUACACAUGGAUCCAAUAGACCUGCGUAUGGCCUCAGUUCGUGAAGCACGCAAUGCAGAUCGCCGAUUCUGCUUUGAGGUCAUCACCCCUCAGUUUACGCGCGUUUACCAGGCCACAAAUGAGGACGAUCUUAGAUCAUGGAUAUCUGCUGUCAACAACGCUCUACAGAGUGCAGUCGAAUCUGCAGGAAGGAACGAUCGUCCGUCAACUGAUUCACUACCUGGCCAGACUCGUCGAGACAUUGCAUCGGUCUUGACAGGGAAGAGUCCUUCUUUGUCCAGCAAUCGCAAUAACUACAGUUCCAGAGCACCAUCUCGGCACGCCACAGUCGGCGACAAGCCUGGUUACAGGCGCGAAGAGCCUGCAGGCGAUGACGGCAAGCUCCUUAGGCAGGUGCGAGAAGCCGAUGCCGGGAACAGAGUAUGCGCGGAUUGCGGUUCAGAAAGCAAGGCCGACUGGGUAUCAAUAAACCUUGGUAUUGUAAUCUGCAUCGAGUGCAGUGGUAUUCACCGUUCGUUGGGUACGCACAUCACCAAGGUGCGGUCCUUGACGUUGGAUGUAAACUCGUUCACGCCCGAUAUUAUCGACAUACUUCUGAAGAUCGGCAAUCGCGUCAGCAACAUGAUCUGGGAAGCGAGACUGGACCCAUCGAUCAAGCCAGGGCCGAUGUCAACAAGGGAACAAAGACUACGAUUCAUCACCGCCAAAUACUCGGAUCGCGCAUACGUUUCCCCUAUUUCGCCUACUGUCUCACAUUAUGGAACUCCUGAUGAGACGUUGCUUGCUUCGGUCAAGAAGAACGACAUCCAGAAUGUCUUGUACGCUCUCGCGUUACGAGCGAACCCCAACUCCCGAGAUCGUUCACGGGGGACACAUGCUGUGUUCCUCGCCCUCGCAGCGGCCGAUCCUGCAUCUCCCUCUGCAUCUGCAUCGCCUGCAACUUCCCCUGGUCGUGAUGCACGACCACCAACACCUCAGCCAGUACGCAAACCUUUCCCUGUAGCUGAGCUGUUGUUGCAAAAUGGCGCAGAUCUACCGAUAACAGCGGCACCCAUCCCACUCAGCCCGUCUGCACGGCAAUAUCUUGACUUUAAAGCGGACCAGAAGGCAGGGAAACGUGUAGUGCCUGUAGUACCUGGAGGCCAGCCAAACCCCAGUGGUGAUGUUCUCCCGGCACUCCCACAUAUCACAGCCGGCAAUGGCAGUACUCCUUCCGAACGAGCGCGUGAGCGGGAGGCACGACUACAGAAACGCGUCUCUGCUAGUGGAAGGUUGGUGAAAAACACAUUCCAGGAUUUCGCUGAAGGUAAGCGCGGCUCGUAGGGCUAGCCGACGCUUACUC